AUGCUGCGCUAUAAGAACUCUCUUCUAGAGCGUAUCUUGCUUGAGAAAGGUAUCGAUGUCCAAGCGGAAUUGCGCCUGAAGGCCGCCACUCCCGGCGGCGGCAAACCCAACCCCAUGGCGGCCAAGCCGCCGUCCUUAGAACGGGCGGCAAUCAAUCGAAAUACGGCCCAGCGACAUCCGACCGGCAUCGCGCCCAAGGGAGAGCCGUUUGGUCUCUCACAGAACCGUGAUGGUGCAUACGGCAUACCGUCGCCUCAAUACCAAGGCACGCCCUCAUCGCACGUGUCCUCCCCGUCCCAUGCCAAGUCCCCGGGCUUUGGCUUCCAGGGCGCCAUGUCGCCGGUGGGCGUCGAUCCACAACAGGCGCAGCAAUCUCGGUCGCAGAUGCUGUCGCAUUCUCGAAAUAUCAGUCAAGCAUCUCCACCUAUGAGUGUCGCGCCGUCGCAAGCAAGCGAACCCAAGUCCGCCGUGCCCGGAACUGGUCCUCGCGCUGCUCGCGUUUCCUCUGCAUAUUAUCCUUCCCCAUUCCAAAAGCAUUAUGACCAACUGGAACAAGAAUAUGACGCCCAAGCGGACCUUAUUGAUGAUGAGCAUGAAUCGUCGGUCGGAGCGUCUCCGUAUGUGUCUGGCUUUAAUCCGGCAGCAUCAGUACCCUCUGGCUCGCAUUCCAUGGGAGCUCAGAGUCUCGGGCACUUCAAUCCUCACGCGGCGGAAGGAUCCAACGGCGCCUAUAACAAUCCAAAUCAACUUCUCGGCAAUUACGAGCCCAUGUUAGAUGCAGAUCCCUUCGGACUCAGCGCCAGCAUGCAUUUCCAGACUCCCUUCAGCUACGAGCAAAAUAGUACCCGCCAUUAA